UCCAGACAAAAGACGGCGGCGGAUCCGCGGCGGCGCGCACUGAGCCAGAGCAUCUGGAGCACCUUCCAAGGGAAGCACGGCGGGACUCAUUUGAAAACGCAGGAACGCACAGCAGGCACGCCGACAGGACAGACACGCCCUCUAAAUCCACCUGAAACCCUCCGAGUCGGCUAAUUGACCUUGGUAAAGGACACAGGCAGGGAAAGUGAGCCCCCAUUUAUCCGUAAAGGCUGAACAGCGCGUUCCCAUGAUGUCAUACCUGUGGAUUCUGCUAUUAGGGAGCCUGCUGGCCUCACACGCCAAAGCGCAAGAUGAGGGAGACGUAACGGUUGCUCCAGAGACGGAAGACACGGCAACAGAACCAGUAGAUCUAGCGGUUGAUGGAGAAGCUGAUGGCGCAGCAGAGACGGAAGUACCAGAAACAGAAGGUGAAUUAGACACAGCAACUGACCCUGCACUAACGUCAGAGCCUGAACCAGCGGCUGACCCUGACCCAGCAGCUGACCCUGACCCAGCAGCUGACCCUGUGCCAACGUCAGAGUCUGAACCAGCGGCUGACCCUGACCCAGCAGCUGACCCUGCGCCAACGUCAGAGCCUGAAUCAGCAGCUGACCCUGACCCAGCAGCUGAUUCUGAGCCGACGGCAGAGCCUGAACCAGCAGCUGACCCUGACCCAGCGGCUGAUUCUGAGCCGACGGCAGAGCCUGAACCAGCAGCUGACCCUGACCCAGCGGCUGACCCUGAGCCAACGGCAGCGCCUGAUCAAGAAGAUGACCCUGAGCUACCGGCUACAGCUGAGAAUGACGGUGUCGUAGAGUCAGAGACAUCUACAGCACCGUCUGCAGAAGACGGCUCAGGAGGAGUUGCACCUGCUGUUGGUGCAGAACCUGCACCUUCCACAGUGGCUGCUGAAAUUGAACCAUCUCCCACACCACAAGUUCACUCAGAUGAUGAUGAUAAUGUGGAAGAGCCUGAAAAAACAACUCCUGUACCUGAGGUUGCUGACCCAACUACUGCACCCUCUAAGCCUGAAGAGAGGGUCAGAGAGGGAAGAAAACAUAUUCCACAGAUCGACGAAACAAUUGUAAAUGCGAAUGUCCAACAGAAUCUUAACCAAGCUCCAAAGGCUGAUGCCAGUUCAGAAGAUCCAGAAGCUCCCAAGCCUAAAGGCUCUACACAUUUAGCAGCAAUCCUGUCUGGAAUCAUUGCGUCUGCAGUGGGAGCAGUCUGUGGGUACUUUUCCUAUCAGAAGAGGAAUUUGUGCUUCAAAAAAGGUCAAGAACCAGAUCCCGAGAGUGGAGCAGACAAAGCAGCCGCAGCAGACGCUAAGUCGGAACCCCACGAGCAAAACACCCUGCUUGAAAACUCCGGUCAACAAACGUCUGACUAGCCCGGGCCAACUUCAUUCAAGCAGAGGCAAUCUCACUGUUAGGCUCUGCCCCGAAGAGCUAAAUUACUGUGAGGCCUCAGAGCAGGCCUGUGUGUUUCUGAUUGUGUAAGUGUGUGUUGGUCUGCGUGAGCUUGUGCGUGUGUAUGCUUGUGUGUGUGUGUCUUCGUUCUUGUGUGGGGCAAAGGAGUUAGAUAAAGAUCUAGUGGUUUCUGGUCAUUCCAACAAGGCAAUUUAUUAAAAUGAUCAAUCAAAAUCCAACUUUGUUUUUUUUGUCAAGUUGCCAUCAAAGAGAUUAAAUCUCAUAUUAACUGUAACCGUAAAAAUAUCCCAACUCUGCAACAUUUUUCUUUUAUUUGAGAUGGCUACUACAUUGUUCUGGUAAUUCAAUAUAAUUCGCUCUCCGUGAGUGAAAAACCUCAUUUAGAGAAACGGAGAGUGAUAUUGUACGUAUUGAACUAGUACUUUUUUUUUUUUUGCAUUUAUUGAGCCAAACAUAUGAUAAUGAAAGUAUACAAAUGUCCUAAAGAAAGAAAAAAAAAAUAUAUAUAUAUA